GUCAGUCAGUCAGUCAGUAUGCCUCCUUUUGACAGACAGCUGCAGAACAAACGCUUCAAACAAAGGAAGAGUUUUGCAACGAGGAAACAAGAAGUGGCAGGAAUCAGGAACAAAUUCCCAAAUAAAAUCCCAGUGAUAAUUGAGCGCUAUGAAAAGGAAAAGUUUCUUCCUCUGUUGGACAAAACAAAGGUCCUGGUUCCUCAUGAACUCACCAUGACCCAGUUUGUUGCCAUCAUCAGGAACCGUAUGGCCCUGCUGCCCACUCAGGCCUUCUACCUGCUCAUCAGUAACGGCGGUCUGGCCAGCAUGUCCCUGACCAUGGCCCAGGUCUACAAGGACCACCAGGACGAGGACGGCUUCCUGUACAUGACCUACGCCUCCCAGGAGAUGUUCGGCUGCUGACCUCUAAACCCUAAAGUCUGCUGCUCUCAGAUCAGCUGUAAAUAGAAAAGGAAGUUUGUAUUUAAUGUACAUGUGAAGAUUUUAAUAUUUGCUCCAAUAAA